CCAUAUUGCAAUUUUUUGUAUUGUCGCUGUAAUCACGCAUCUAGGAACGUCAACCAGAGAAUGUCCGUAAACGGGCUCUGCGUCAACCCACAGUUAAGUUUAAUUUAGGUGAACAUGGAGCACGGUUCAUCUGCAGACAUGCUGCUAAGAUGCUAUUAUGAUAAACUAUGCUCACUGACGCCGUUGGACUGCCCAAGCUUUAAAACAGAGCUCAACCUCUUACUGGACGAACUUAUUUCCGAAAACUACAGCAACAAUGUAACAAGAGACAACAUACGUUCAGAGGAUGUUUGCAGACUGCUGUUGAAAGCAAGUCAGUUGGUCCCAUUCAGCCAAGAGCACCUUGUUCUUAAACUUUGCCAACUAGUCAGUCAACUAUUUAACCAACUGCAGGUCAGUAUGGAUACACAGACCCUCCACUGUCUGGUGUCUUACUACAUCCAAGCCCUCCAAACCUGUAGCUUGUGGACUCAUGCAGACAUCCUCUUAGCUCUGUCAUCUCUUCUGUGCGGUAAUGGAUCCAGUUGCCAGCAGCACCUCUCAGAUCUCUUGGGACAGAAGGGAAUUCUGGUGAUUUGCAGUGCACCAAAUCAGGCAGACAUUGAACUACGUAGUGCUGCUAUUCAUUGCAUGGCCAACCUUUGCCUUGGGACGCCUGGACAGCCAUAUCUUGAGGAGCCUUACCGUGAAAUAUGUUUCCGGACAUUCCUGCAGACAUUACAGUCUCCCAAACCACCAGGAGCUGAAGACCUUGUCUUUUGUACUUUGUUGCAGAAUUCACUGAAAGGCAUGCAGUGUCUCUUAAAUGGAGUGAAGUGGAAACCGGGGCAUGGGGAUGAUCUAGGAUUUCUUCUGGCUGUGCUAAAGAAAUUGAUGUUCUAUGGGCUGCCAGGGAUGGUUGUGGAGAUGCCAAAAAUUCUUUAUCCUGCCCCUCUACCUCAGUAUGAUGUUCCUUUUCCCAAAGUUUCAGAAGAGACCAUGCCAACAAAACCGGGAGGGAACAAGAAGAAAAAGCCCCGUGGGAAUGUUCAGAAGGCACAUAUUGAGGGGAAAUGGGUCCUGAAAGAAGACAGUGGAGAAGACCAGCAAGAGCUUGAGUUGAGACAAGGUGGAGGAAGAAACCCCAAACAAAUGAUAGGCAACUGGUCUCAGAAGCCCUCACACUACCAGUUAUCCUGGAGAAGCUCAGAGUCAGAGUACUCUGACACUGAAGGAGGCAUUAAUGCAAAGCUAAGAUUGUACCAGAUGAGGGUACGUCAGGGCUCUCUGCACUGUUUCCUUUCUUUGGUAAAGUGUGUGGACAAACGUGUUCUGUUUGGUUACUGGUCCGCAUUCAUCCCUGAUACCCCUGCUAUUGGUGGACCUCCAAGCCUUACUUUCCUUACAGUUGUUCUGAAAGACCCAUCACCAAAGGUACGUGCAGGAUCACUACAGGUGCUGUCAUCUCUACUUGAAGGGUCUCGACUGUUUUUGUCUGCAGCAGAAGACACUAGCACUCCUCGCCAGGCCUUUACAUCAUUCUCUGCAACACUUGCAUCCAGCCUAAGAGAGCUGCACCGCAGUUUGUUACUAGCACUGAUGGCUGAGUCUUCCUCACAGACGCUUACCCAAGUCAUAAAGUGUGUGGCUCAUCUGGUGUGCAAUACACCAUACCAUCGCCUGCGACCAGGGCUGCUGAGUCCAAUUUGGAAACAAAUUCAGCAAUAUGUUCAUCAUAGAGAUGUAAAUGUGCGUGUGUCCAGUCUGACCCUUUUGGGAGCACUGGUAUCUGCUCAGGCUCCUCUCCCUGAGAUUCAGCAACUCCUACAGCAACCAGCUAAGACAUCUGGUGACGUAGGUUUUCCACACGAAGCGCAUAUGUGUCAGAACUGGAGACAGCAGAGGUCAUUGGAGGAGGGUCAUUGGCUGUAUGGAGAAGAAGGAAUAUGUUGGCUGCUGCGGCUUUGUGUAUGUGUGGUUACCCAGCCUAGGGAAGAUCACUCUGACAGUGGCACAAUCCCUUUCCACCUGUCUCCUAACCUUUUAGAGCCCUCACCUGUCAGGCUGGAGGCUCUACAGGUUUUGGCUCACCUGGUGAAGGGCUACUUCUUUCUGACACAAGAGUGGCUACUUGAAUUGUGUCAGGUCAGUGCCUGCUGUCUAAGGGAGCAGGAUUCAUCUGUGCAGUUACAUGGAACAAAGCUGUUGGAGGAAUUAGGAACAUCCAUCAUCCAGCAAUACAGGACAGAGGAAAAAAUUCAAGAGAGUACAAAACAUGUGCCCCUCUGCAAGGUAAUACAGUUCUGGUCAGAAGUGUUGAGUGGACCACUAACUACAGCUUUACAAAAUGAGAAGCAUCCUACUCUGCAGACCAGUGCCUGUGACACCCUCUCUUCCAUAUUACCACAAGCCUUCAGAAAGCUUCCGGAGAAGACCCAGAUGUUAUGUGUGACAAUGUUGUUGGGUCUAACAUACAGUGAGAAUUCCCUAGUGAAGGCUGCUUCAGUCAGAGCCCUAGGAGUCUAUGUCCUUUUUCCUGGUCUUUCAGAGGAUGUGAUGUUCAUGAUGGACAGUGCCAGUGUCAUCCUCACUGCUCUUGAGGAUCAUUCACCUAAUGUUAGAGCAAAGGCUGCCUGGUCACUUGGAAACCUCACAGAUGCAAUCAUAGUUAAUAGGGAGAAUGUAGUUAUUGAUUUCCAGAAAGAAUUGACCAGUGGGCUUCUCUUUAAAUUGGUGAAGUCUUCCAUUCAAGCAGCUAAGGACAAAGAUCGGGUGAAGAGCAAUGCAGUGAGGGCUCUGGGAAACCUGCUGCAUUUAUUGCAGCCUCAGCAACUGAAACAGCCUGGGUUUGAGGAGCUACUGGAGCAGGCCAUGUGUGUACUAGUGGAUACAGUGCAAAGUGAUGCCACCAUGAAGGUCCGCUGGAAUGCUUGCUAUGCUCUUGGAAAUGCCUUCAAAAAUCCUGCUUUACCCUUGGGCACAGCAAGCUGGUCAGCUGAGGCCUACUCUGCCUUGUCUUGUGUUGUGGUGUCUUGCAAGAACUUUAAGGUUCGCAUUAAAUCAGCUGCUGCCCUUUCAAUCCCCUCCUCCCGUGCCAAAUAUGGCAGUUCUUGCCAGUUUGCUCAGAUAUGGAUAGCAAUUACGAAGGCACUAGAAAACAGCAAAGAUGGAGUGGACUUUGUGGAAUAUCGUUACCAUACCAGUUUGUGUGCUCAGCUCUGCCAAACACUACUGCAUCUUCUCAAUCUCUGUCAGCCACAGGACCUGGGGACAAUACAAAGCUCAGUAACAGGCAGAUUUGGGUCUACCCUAAUGGGGUUUCUGGUAAAUUAUCUUGUUGAUCAUGAAUCUGAGACAGAAAAGGAGGACAAAGAGGAGAGAGGAAAAAAUAGUAUUCAGGACAGGAUGAACAAAAUGAUAUGUGUAUUGGGUACAUUGAGGAAACUUUCUAAAGAAGAGGAUGGAUGUAGUGCUGGUGCAGACAACAUUAUUGAUUUUUUGGAGGGGGUAGUGAGAAGUUACAAGCAAACAAUACUCCAAGUAUCACUGUCUGGUCAUCAUUCUUUCCAAGAUCAGACUAAUCAAACAACAGAGGUCAGUGAUGCUGUCCAAGCUAAGGUUUAGUUUUAAAGGUUUUUUUCUAUAAUUUUAUCCCAUGUACUUUAACGUGUAUUCUGUACUAUGUACCUUUUGAAACUUGAACAUCAUUGAAUAAAGAUGUUUUAGGGAAUAGU